UUCAAUGAGAGUUAUCAGUGUCAAAGAGCGAUUUCUAAUCGCUAUCAGUUUGUUGUGAAGCAGAACAGAAGUAAACACUCAGGCGAGUUGUUUCUCCCCCACCAAGUAACUUGGUGAAUCUCUUGCGUUCAGUUGUUUAAAAUGGCGGCCGCAGAUCAGAGUGCGUUUUUCUCGAUGGGUGAUCACACCCUGCAAGUGCCGAUGCAGCUGUUCGCCGAGAACCGGCGUCGUCUCGCUGACAGACUCCGCGAAAAAGCCCCGCACAGCAUCGUUGUGCUUCAAGGCGGCAGCGACGCUCACCACUAUUGCAGCGAUGUUGACUACAAGUUCCAGCAGGAAGGCUAUUUCAAUUGGAUGUUUGGAGUUCAGGAGCCAGACUUCUAUGGAGCUCUCGAUGUGGACUCUGGAAAGAGCAUCUUGUUCAUUCCGAGAUUGCCUGAAGAGUACAUCAUUUUCAUGGGUCGCAUUAAAUCCACCGCAGAAUUCAAGAAGUACUAUGCUGUCGAUGAAGUUUACUAUGUAGAUGAGAUAAAAGAUGUGAUCAAGAAGAAAGCACCAGAUAUGCUUCUAACAUUGUUUGGACUCAAUACUGACAGUGGUCGCACCUGUCAAGAAGCUGUUUUCAGUGGCAUCAGCGAAUUCAAUGUAAACAACAAGAUCUUGCAUCCUGAAAUUGCUGAGUGCCGAGUGGUGAAGACUCCAUUGGAGAUAGAGGUGAUGCGCUACGUGAACAAAAUCAGCUCUGACGCACACAAGAUGGUGAUGCAGAAGUUGAAGAUUGGCAUGUAUGAGUAUCAGGGAGAGGCCAUCUUCCUCGACUACUGCUACUUCGUCGGAGGCUCCCGUGCUGAGGGUUAUACCUGUAUUUGCGCCUCUGGUGAGAACGGGGCUAUUCUACAUUACGGUCAUGCGGGAGCACCCAAUGACAAGAAAAUUCAGAGUGGCGACUUGUGCUUGUUUGACAUGGGAGCAAAGUAUGCUGGCUAUACUGCGGACAUUACUGUCACUUUUCCAAUCAGUAAGAAAUUCACGGACGACCAGAAAGCUGUGUACAAUGCUGUUUUGAACGCCAGAAAUGCUGUUAUCGCAGCUUUGAAACCAGGUGUCAGUUGGGUUGAUAUGCACCGCUUGUCCUUCGAGGUGAUACUAACCGACCUCAAGAAAUAUGGAGUUUUGGUUGGAGAUGUUGAUGAAAUGAUUAAAGAUGGAAUCGGCGCUAUACUGAUGCCGCACGGCUUGGGCCACUUGCUGGGCUGCGAUGUGCACGAUGUUGGAGGCUACCUGGAAGGGCACCCCGCACGUCCCACCGAGGCCGGCUUCAACAGACUGCGCACGGCUCGCAGCAUGCUUGCUGGAAUGGUGGUCACUGUCGAGCCCGGCUGCUACUUCAAUGAUGUGGUCAGCUGAUGAUAAGUUUUCUAC